AUGCCUCGAAGUGAAGAUGAAGUUGGACAAAAGAUUGAUAGGUUUGUAAAAUUUUGAAAACAGGUUUUCGAUGAAAAAUUAAUUGUGAUUCAUUUUCAGAUGCUUCGCAGAUAGUUUGCUGAAAUUGACCGGAGGUGUUGCUAUUGGAAUUGUUGCCAGUGUUGCAUUUUUCAAGGUUAGUUCAAGUGAUUUGCAGUUUUGAAUUAGAAAAUAGCAAUGGUUUUUAAAAUUUUGACGUGGUAGUUCACGUCGUUAAUAUUUUCUCAAAAAUUCAUUUUUGAAAAAUUAAAUAUUUGGAAAAUUUCCAAAAAAAAAAAGAUUAUUGCAAAAUUCGGUGCAAAAAAAUUUUUUUUUUGAAUUUUUUCAUAUUAGAAAAAUUCGACGAAAUUUAGAAAACACUGUGUUUCAAAAGUUCCCUCUUAUUUAAAUCAAAUGAUUUCAGAGUCGCUCAUGGCCAAUCUGGUUUGGUUCUGGUGUUGGACUUGGAACUGGAUGGUCGAAUUGUCGCCACGAUUUUGCCCAACCUUUUGUGCUUCACGGUAAAAAAGUGCCAGCUGGACAAGAUUCGCAAGGAAAACCUGCGUAUAACAUUGUAGUUGAGAAACAAUAA